CGCAUGCGAAUCCCCGCCAGAGGAGUGAGGAGGAGGGUCGGAAUCACGGACUCCGCCCCUUCGCGGCUCCACGCGUGACGUCGCCGGGGCCCGGCUUCGACCGGCUCCGAGCGAUGUUCCUUUUCAUCAGGCUGUUGCAUCUCUCCUGGGAAAGAGCACUUCAGUUGGAAGCAGGAGACACCUUGGCCCUACCAUUCCUGUGUUAAUGUCCACGAGCCUCGGUUUUCCCCACAGUAUUUUUGCCUUGCCUCACCUGGUUUUGAAGAUAAAUAUGACACAGAAAAAUAGAAAAGAAAUGGUCACUUGUUGAGUUCCUGCAUGGCCAAGUAUUAUGCAAACUUUUAUCUGCCGCAUUUAGUCCUCAUUGCCUGGUUUAGAACUCCCAUUUCAGAGGACCUUAAAUUUCCAAAGUUUGAUUUUUCUCAUAGAGCCAAUGAAUGGCAGAGAAGGAUUCAAACUAAGCAGUUUAACUCCAAAGUGGGUUUUGUCAGACACUUUCUUUGCACUAUUGGCUAGGACUCUUCUGCAGCCAAACCAGAACAGCUGUUUCCUGAGUUUCUGCCUUUAAGAAUUCUCCUUUUUAGGUUCCUUUUUCCAGCACAGUGUGCUCUGCUCUACUUCUGCCUUGAUUACUUCAGGAAUAAAAAGCAGCAAAGUUUAUUGAGUAGUGCAGGGAGGUGAACAAUUGGAGUCUUGCCCUGGCUCUGCUAUUGUCUGUGUGGCCUUGGGCAAGUCCCUUGUCUUGGUGCUUUAGCUUCCUUUUGAGCAAAAUGGGUAAGUGCCUUCUGACUGGCAGGCUCUUGUCCAGUUCUCCCUUCCUGUCCUCCAGCAGGCUUUCCGUGGAUGCCCAGACCCCUCUACUACCCAUGGGCAGCUGCCAGGCAGGGCACAACCUGCAUCUCUGUCUGGCCCACCACCCACCUCUGGUCUGUGCCACUUUGAUGGUUCUGCUUCUUGGCCUUUCUGGCCUGGGCCUUGGCGGCUUCCUCCUCACGCACAAGACUGGCCUGCGCAGCCCUGACAUCCCUCAGGACUGGGUCUCCUUCUUGAGAUCUUUUGGCCAGCUGACCCUCUGCCCUGUGACUAGGAAAGUCGCAGGGGAGUGGCAUGAAUCCCACAUUGUGGGCUUGCUGACCACUUUGAACUUCGGAGAUGGUCCAGACAGGAACAAGACCCAGAUAUUCCAAGCCAAGGUUCUGGGUAGUCAGAUGGGAUGGAAAGGAUCUUCUGCAGGAGAGUGGGUCCUUGUUACAGCCAGGGUCACCACGGAAAGGACCCCAGGAAUCUGCCUGUAUUUUAGUGCUGCUCCAGGACUUCUGCCCUCCAGCCAGCCACCCAUAUCCUGCUCGGAGGAGGGAGUAGGAAAUGCCACCCUGAGCCCUAGGAUGGGUGAAGAUUGUGUCAGGGUAUGGAGCCAGGAAGGCCUUGUGCUCACCAAGCUGCUCACGUUGGAGGAGCUGGCUCUGUGUGGCUCCAGGCUGCUGGUUUUAGGCUUCUUCCUGCUUCUCCUUGGUGGCCUUCUCUGCUUUUUAACUACUGUGUGCUUUCAUCCACGCCGGGAGUCCUCCUGGUCUAGAACCCGGCUCUGAGGACACUGGCCUAGUUCCUGUCUUGUUCUCAGGUGUGAAUCAACUUCUCUGACCUUGGUUCUGAGUUGGAAGAGGUGUUACAGAAAGUGGAGCUAGAAUGUGGGGGGAAAUUAAAAGAUUUUUUGCCCAAUA